GUGGGAGCAGGUCUGUGUGGCAGGGGCAGGGCCUCCCCCCCCCCAUGCCUCCCUGUGCUCUGCCAGCCGCAGCAAUGCGGGGAGCGGUGCCGCGGCACUGCGGCCGAAGACCCUUCCUGCCAAGUGUGGCUCGAAAUAAAGCCAGGACGUGGAUGAAUAGCUCUCAUUUGUUCUCACUCAUCUCUCAACCAGCACGGUCCCAGAGGCCUCGCAAGGCUCGACACCUCCCGGCAGCUCUCAGCCUCCCUCCACGAGCUCCCCCGUGGAGAUGCGCAGCCACUGUGCCGGGCCUAAGCACACUGGCACCUGGGCCGUUUACCCUAAAGCAAACUUUUGAUCAAUUUAGAAACCCCUGCCUCCCCGGUCUCUGAGCGUGGGGACUGCCGGGGCUGGCUUCGACCUGGGGGACACAGCAUGUGUCCCGCCACAGAAGUGGGCUCACAGGACCGUGGGCCGAGCUGCUCUGGGCUGGCGAUGCUGGCGGGCAGCCACGGCACGGAUGCCCGGGCUCUUAGGCAGGAGCUCCCGGCAGCUCUGGUGGUGCUGGGUGCUCGCCAGGCCGGGUCACCGUGCCCACUGGCGAGUCCUUUCAAACCCAAGUCACACCUGUGUCCUGUGCGCGGGCGCUGCAGGCUUAGGUGCAGAAAAGCAGGGCUAGAAUUGGAACCCAAAGCCCAGAAUGGCAGGAGAGGAUGUGGGGGCUCCACCCGAUCGCCUCUGGGUUCACCAAGAGGGCAUCUACCGCGACGAAUACCAGCGCACGUGGGUGGCUGUCCUGGAGGAGGACACGAAUUGCCUCAGGGCACGAGUGAAGCAGGUGCAGGUGCCCUUAGGUGACGCGGCCAGGCCAAGUCACCUCCUCACGUCCCAGCUGCCUCUCAUGUGGCAGCUCUACCCUGAGGGGCGCUACAUGGACAACAGCUCUCGCCUGUGGCAGAUCCAGCACCACACAAUGGUCAGGGGGGUACAGGAGCUGUUGCUUAAGCUUUUGCCCCACGAUUAACCUGGUACGUACUCAGCUCCCCUCACCCCACCCUGUCCACGUUGCCCCGUUGUGCCGGCGGUGACCGUCUCUCUCUUCUGCAGGUGCGCGGCCCCAGGACGAUGCGCGCCUCCGCCCCUUUCAGUACUUGUCCAUCGCCUCGCCCCCCACUGCGGUCCACCCACCGGUGGGCCCUGGGGCGGGAAUGGGUUGAACAGCUGCUCACGGACGCAAGUUUAGGAAGGGUCGUGAAGAAGCCCGCAGGUGGAACUGCAGAGAGGGGGCGCAGACAGAGAGCCAGUCCACAAAAGCACGUAGUCAGGACAUGUAACUUGAAAUUGACUCCUUUGGAGCUCGCCACCGAACCUUCCAUGGACGCCAUCAGCUGGACCUGGGGCCCGAUGAGUCCCAGAGAGUCAGCACCUGCUACAGAACAGCUGCCCCGCUCGCCAUGGACUGGGUACUGCCCUCGAGAAGAGCGCGGCUCCUAGGCGGCAGCGCUACCUGUCGCUUCCUUGCCCUGCAACUCACCUGCCUUUCCUUCUCCCAGCCUCUCUCUGGAAAUGCCACAGAAGGAUCCGUGCCAGAAGCAAGCCUGUGCAAUACAGAAAUGUUUACAAGCCAACAGCUACGCGGAGGCCAGGUGCCAGGCUGUCCUCCAGGAGCUGCGCCAGUGCUGUGCCCGCCUUCCCAGGGGCAGAUCGCUGGUCUGCUCAGGGUUUGAAAGAGAAGAGGAAGAAAAGCUGGCACCGAAGCCACUGCGAAGCGAAGUUCUUCGAGAAGUCACAACCGCCCCGAGGCCUCCAGGCUGGUUCUGCUUCUCUCCGACUCUGCCAGGCAGCGGCCAACACCAGACACACGGGUCAGCUCUAAGAGUUAAUGGCUCUGCCAUCCACGCAGGGCAGAUGGAAACAUGAGCAGAACAAAUGUGUGGAAUGUAAUAAAACUGAGCUGCUAAAAUAAACCUGUUAAG